GUAACCGAGUAAGCGCGCACAAUCAGCCCUACACAUCAUAUGCGACUACUCCAAAAAAACUACAACACCCCGUGGAGUUGGACGACAGUAACAGCGACAGGGGACUGACCAAGGGCGCCGCGCGGGCAUCCGCCGCCCGCGCCACCGCACUGAACACGACUGCUACAGGGGGAGGGAAUGAGGAGGGGGGACACUUGACACUUAGUUAA